CUCAUGGCAUACUUUGCCGUGCGCAAUAUCAUGUCGAGACUGGAUCCCGAAGCAGGCGCAAAGGCCGACGCCAAGAAGAAAGAGCUGGCCGCAUCGUCGCACAUACAAUCGAUAUUCCGAAAGCAUCAAAGAGACGACGGCGACGACGACGACGACGAUUUCUACGACGACGAAGACGAUGAGGAUCGAAGACGUUACGCCGAGCGGCCGCCGAAGGAGCAUCUAACACUGAAUCAGUACGAGCAGUCGAUAGCCAUGGAGGUUGUGAGCCCAAGUGACAUACCCGUGACAUUCAACGAUAUUGGAGGCCUGGACGAGAUUAUUGAAGAGCUGCGGGAAAGCGUGAUAUAUCCACUUACUAUGCCACAUCUAUACGCGAACCACAGCAGUCUGCUGACAGCGCCGAGUGGAGUGCUGCUUUACGGGCCACCGGGCUGUGGAAAGACAAUGCUUGCCAAGGCGCUCGCACGCGAAAGUGGUGCCUGCUUUAUCAACCUGCACAUCUCGACCCUCACCGAGAAAUGGUAUGGCGACAGCAACAAGUUGGUCGCUGCAGUAUUUUCUCUAGCCAGGAAGUUGCAGCCCGCCAUCGUGUUCAUCGAUGAGAUCGAUGCAGUCCUCGGGCAACGCAGAUCUGGAGAGCACGAGGCGAGCGGAAUGGUGAAGGCUGAGUUCAUGACACAUUGGGAUGGUCUUGCAUCGUCUACAGCCCAAGGCGGUAUGCAGAGAAUAUGCAUCUUGGGUGCCACGAAUCGAAUACAAGACAUCGACGAAGCCAUCUUGAGAAGAAUGCCCAAGAAAUUCCCAAUCAGCCUACCCAACGCCGCACAAAGACGGCAGAUAUACGAGCUUACGUUGCGCGACACCAAGAUUGACCAUAGAAAGCUUCCAAACGGAUCGCCGGCGUUUGAUCUCGACGUGCUUGUACGCGUAUCUGCUGGCAUGUCGGGAUCAGACAUCAAAGAGGCGUGCAGAGACGCUGCCAUGGUGCCCAUCCGCCUGUACAUUAAGCACGCAAGGACCAAUGGACAGAACAUGAAUCGAAGAAUUCACCCGGACGCCGUAAGGGGGUUGCAAACCGACGACUUCUUUGGCCGAAGAGGAGGUGUUGAGCCCUUGCGUCGAAUAGAGCCGGCAGAUGAAGACGAAGGAAGUCAACAUAGUGGCAGCACUGAGGAGGUGGACAAUUUUGACGAUCCGGCCGAAGUGGUUGUGGAUGAUCACAGGCGAUGAUUCAGGACAUUCUCGCGAGACUUCCCGUCUCUGCUCAUGUUUAUUAGAGGUUCGAUGCGCAAGAAGGUAGUGCACCAGCGCACGCGAUAGUACAGACCUACAGGAUGUUAGUUAUGCUUGAUCAGACACGACC